GUACUUAAUUAUUCUUGUCUGCUUCACAGCGGUAGUACGGAGAACGUACCGGGGUGUGAAACACAAAUUUGCCGGCAGAACAACACCAAAAGAGCGGCAAAGUGUUCACGUUUAUCGUUCGAAGAACAAAUGUCAAGUAAUUGUUAUUAUCCUGGCAACUGAUGACGAGGCAAAACGCCGAACAACUGAGGUAGCAUUAAAGCCGUUCAGGAAUAGGCGCCGUCGGUCGAGUCUCCGUGAAAUAUUUUCAGAGACUUGUCUUUGAAAAUAAAUAGAUUUGUCUGCUGGAAACAAUUCAUACUCCAACGAUCAUAAUGGAAUACGUCGUUUAACUUGUGCGGGUUGACAACUAGGGAAAUUUGGGAGGACCUCUGGUUAAGUGGACACCGCAAGCGGCCCGUGUCCACAUCAGCGCCAGAAGCCGGGGUGUCGGCUUGAGAGUCUUCGGGUGGAAAAUCUCCAACACUAGAGCUACAGCGCUGACUAAAUAGCGUCGUGCGAACAGGAGCUGCGCCGAUAUUUGACCAUUGGGAGCCGGGGAGUAUCCGGACAGAGACCUCAUGAAUGGAAAUCGGAACUUCAGGAGAUGUUGGGGCCCAGGCCCUGUUCUCAGUGCCACGGAGGCCUGGCUUUGGCACCAUGGGGAAGCCUAUCAAGCUGCUGGCCAACUGCUUCCAGGUGGAUAUCCCCAAGAUGGACGUCUACCUCUAUGAAGUAGACAUCAAGCCCGAGAAGUGCCCACGUCGCGUCAACAGGGAGGUGGUGGACUCCAUGGUGAAGCACUUCAAGGUGACCAUCUUUGGGGACCGAAGGCCAGUCUACGAUGGGAAGAGGAGCCUCUACACAGCCAACCCCCUACCAGUCGCCACAGCGGGGGUGGAUCUGGAUGUCACCCUGCCAGGGGAGGGGGGUAAGGAUCGCCCCUUCAAAGUGUCCAUCAAGUUUGUGUCGCUAGUCAGCUGGCACCUGCUGCACGAGGUCCUGAUGGGGCGCUCCAUGCCUGAGCCCUUGGAGCUGGACAAGCCCAUCAGCACCAACCCUGUACACGCAGUGGAUGUGGUGCUGCGACACCUGCCUUCCAUGAAGUACACCCCAGUGGGGCGCUCCUUCUUCUCCGCCCCAGAGGGUUACGACCACCCCCUGGGCGGGGGUAGGGAGGUGUGGUUCGGCUUCCACCAGUCGGUGCGGCCCGCCAUGUGGAAGAUGAUGCUCAACAUUGACGUAUCAGCCACGGCGUUCUACAAGGCCCAGCCGGUGAUCCAGUUCAUGUGCGAGGUCCUGGACAUCCACAACAUAGACGAGCAGCCACGGCCCCUCACCGACUCCCACAGGGUCAAGUUCACCAAAGAGAUCAAAGGUCUGAAGGUGGAAGUGACCCACUGCGGAACGAUGCGGAGGAAGUACAGAGUGUGUAACGUGACUCGUCGUCCUGCCAGCCACCAGACGUUCCCCCUGCAGCUGGAGAAUGGUCAGACAGUGGAGCGCACGGUGGCCCAGUACUUCAGAGAGAAGUACAGCCUGCAGCUGAAGUACCCCCACCUCCCCUGCCUACAGGUGGGCCAGGAGCAGAAACACACCUACCUGCCCCUGGAGGUGUGCAACAUAGUAGCUGGCCAGCGCUGUAUUAAAAAACUCACUGAUAACCAGACGUCCACCAUGAUCAAAGCCACGGCCCGCUCUGCCCCAGACAGACAGGAGGAGAUCAGCAGGCUGGUGCGGAGUGCGAACUAUGAGGCGGACCCGUUCGUCCAGGAGUUUCAGUUCCGCGUGCGUGACGAGAUGGCUCAGGUGACGGGCCGUGUGCUGCCGGCCCCCGGGCUGCAGUACGGCGGCAGGGCAAGCUUGGAACACUUCAUGUCCCAGCAGAUGAACCCUGCGGUGUCAUUGCAGAACCGCACGGUGGCCACGCCCAGCCACGGCGUGUGGGACAUGAGGGGCAAACAGUUCCACACUGGGGUGGAGAUCAAGAUGUGGGCCAUCGCUUGCUUUGCCACACAGAGGCAGUGUCGUGAGGAGAUCCUCAAAGGUUUUACUGACCAGCUGCGUAAGAUCUCUAAGGAUGCUGGGAUGCCCAUCCAGGGCCAGCCAUGUUUCUGUAAGUACGCUCAGGGAUCAGACAGCGUAGAGCCCAUGUUCAGGCACCUGAAGAACACCUACGCUGGCCUGCAGCUCAUCAUCGUCAUCCUACCUGGAAAGACCCCAGUCUAUGCUGAGGUGAAGCGGGUUGGAGACACCCUCCUGGGCAUGGCCACUCAGUGUGUCCAGGUGAAGAACGUGGUAAAGACAUCCCCUCAGACCCUCUCCAACCUCUGCCUCAAGAUCAACGUCAAACUGGGGGGCAUCAACAACAUCCUGGUGCCACACCAACGUCCCUCAGUGUUCCAGCAGCCUGUUAUCUUCCUGGGGGCCGACGUCACUCAUCCUCCAGCCGGAGACGGAAAGAAGCCAUCCAUCGCAGCGGUGGUGGGCAGUAUGGACGCCCACCCCAGCAGGUACUGUGCCACAGUGAGGGUCCAGAGACCCAGACAGGAGGUGAUCCAGGACCUGGCCUCCAUGGUGCGGGAGCUCCUCAUCCAGUUCUACAAGUCUACCCGCUACAAACCAACCAGAAUCAUAUUUUAUAGGGAUGGUGUGUCAGAGGGACAGUUCAGACAGGUGCUGUACUAUGAGCUGCUGGCCAUCAGAGAAGCCUGUAUCAUGUUGGAGAAAGAGUACCAGCCGGGCAUCACCUACAUUGUAGUGCAGAAGCGCCAUCACACACGACUCUUCUGUGCUGACCGGAACGAGCGGGUUGGACGGAGUGGUAACAUUCCUGCAGGCACCACUGUGGACACAGAUAUAACCCACCCCUAUGAGUUUGACUUUUACCUCUGCAGCCAUGCAGGAAUACAGGGUACCAGCAGACCUUCCCACUACCAUGUUCUGUGGGACGACAACUGCUUCACGGCUGACGAGUUCCAGCUGCUCACCUACCAGCUGUGCCACACCUACGUCCGCUGCACCCGCUCAGUCUCCAUCCCUGCGCCAGCCUACUACGCCCACCUGGUGGCCUUCCGCGCCCGCUACCACCUGGUGGACAAAGAACAUGACAGUGCGGAGGGCAGCCAUGUCUCGGGGCAGAGUAAUGGCCGAGACCCCACAGCCCUCGCCAAGGCUGUUCAGAUUCAUCACGACACACUGAGGACCAUGUACUUCGCCUGAGAGUGGGGUGUUGGGAGGGGUAUUCUGUCAGCCUUGUCAAUCUCACAUUGGACCCCGGGCUGGCACAGCUCUGGUCCUGACAAGGGGAUGCCAAGCUGCUAAAGGCAACAACAACUACAACAGCCAGAGUGGAGUACAGAAACGUUAUGCAAUACGAAACCAGCCAAUCCUCUCCCGGCCUGUUCUCUUCUGCUGUGUUUUUAAUUGAUUAUGGAUUGUCUCUGAUAUUGCUCCUUGAGCUGUGCAAGUCAUGUCCUCGCCUUACAGGUUUGACAGCAGCUCAACUUUUGCUUUGCGUUACUUUCAAAUUGCCAGAGUGUAGAAGACAAGAUAGGGGAAUUGAUAAGGAUGGUUUCAGGGUGUGGGGGCAUAGCAGGUCCAGUGAGGAUCAGUCUUGUUUCCUCAACAAAGUGAUGAAUGAUAUGCUGACUUGUCUAUCCAAGGGGUUCAAUUGUAUAAGUUGUCCUCUUUUACAUGUCUCCGUCAGCUUGUUGUUGUAUGUGCGUCUUCUUAUGUUCUGUAGAAGUCUGAUUGCCAUGAUGAUGCCCGUUUGUCAAGAACGCUCGUGAAUCACAGCUAUGCCAUUUUUCAUACGGCAAGCUGCUCGCCCAGUUACUCUACUCUCUCUAAGCCAAUGGUGACUUACUUGUAGUCAUUGCGACAGUCAAAGUUUAACACUGCAUUCUCUAUCAAUAUCAACAGAGUUGUUGUUUUUUACAUACAGCCACAGCCAUUGUUUUAGGGAUUACCUGUUAAGUACUGUUAGAAUAUCAACCCUAGCCACAUCAUGGACCUACUCAGAACCUUUACAGAGUUCACUGUGGUAGCUACAGAUUUAACUUUUCCUUAGUUUUACUCCUGCUAUUUUAAGAGAUUAGUCUUAUUUAACAUUCAUUUUCAGCAAUAGAACACCGUUAGUUUGUCUGUCAAUGGCCGAAGAGGUUUUUCACAUUUUUAACUAAGGAACUGAUGAUGUCAUGCAAUCCUUAAGUGCAAUAUGUCGUUAAUGCAGAAAACCGGUCCAAUGGCUAACAUGCCAAUUUGAUAUUUUUGGGCCAUUAUGAUCGGACAUGGGCAAGUUAUAACGGAUAAAGAAUGUAAACCGGGCCAAGAGUAAAUGAGUGCCUGUUUUGGGGGUGAAGAAGAAUUUGAAAGACAAAGGGUGUAUUUCUUUUCGUUAGAGCUCCUGUGAGAUAAGUUAGUUUGUUUAGUUAUACAGUCAUAUUAUUUCAUCCAAGCAUUACUGUAAGCAUGAUAUGUUGUCCAGGACUGUCUGGGGUUAGAGAGCAGAGCGUGUGUGGCUGCAUUGAUUCAGUUUCAUGAUUUAGUUUUUAAUGUGAAUUAUUAUUGAGUAUGUAGACUGAGCAAUUGAAGGUGGGGACAGUUAGCUAACGGAUCUGUCUCAUUCAUUUUAACACUGGUGGUAGGAUUCAUUUUGCACUGUUAAAAGUAAGCAUUCAUAUUUCAGAGUUUUAUCAAGCCAUUUUGUCACAUUGUAUUUGAAGGGCAUUGUCUCUCCAUUUGCCUUGCUGUGAAGUAUCCUCCAGGUGAGGCUUUUGAGUUUCAUCUCGUUCCACUUGGACCAAACCAACGUGCCUGGGGUCAUCUGCUUGGGGAAUGGAUUGUAUGGGCCUUGUCUGACUGGGAUACAGUUGAUCCCUGCUCUCACUGCCUUUGCAAAAGAAGCAGCCGCGUUGUAGCAUGGCCGAUGUUUUGCCACACUCAUUGUCCUAUAGCCACGUGUUACCAGAACAAAACUAGCUGCUAUACUACAUUUUUAUUUUGUUCAUAUAUAUUUGUACAAAGAGACUAUAAGAAUGACAAUUUACUGCACUUAAAGAUGCAUGUGUUUCAGGUGAGACACAUGCCCUGGUGCUGAGAGAUGCAGUUUGUUGUGGGGGGGGGGUUUAGUAGACAGACUGUCUCUUGUAGUCAGAGAUUGAGAUUCAUUGGGUGUUUUUCAAGGAUCAGGAGUAACAAUAGAGAGUACUCUCUCACUAUGAUACAGGGGACAUACUUUAAUUCCCAGAGGGUACGAUUGUUUAGUAACAUGGUUUACACCGGUUUGUGGACAUCAAUACAAUACAGCUCCUUCCCUGGGGUUUGUGCGAAUUGUCACAGCUAAAAUUGUUACUUUCUUGCAAGAUGUCAGACAUUACCAGCAUUUGAUUUUACUUGAACAGCAUAGGUAGGAUCUGAUCAACUGCAACUGUGGGCUAAUGUGUAACUGCCCUGCUUGUGUGAAUAAUUUAUGUCUGUACAGCAGUAGUACAGGAAGGAAUUCGCUCUACACUCACGUUGCCACGGAAUCGACCUCUAGACCAAGUGGGUCGGGUUUUGCAUCUACGAGGCAGAGCAUUGGGAGCUUGUGCUGUGUUCGUAACCAAGUGGAAGGUGGGAAUUUACCAGUUGUGAAGUUAUAAAUACCAUUUGGAGGCAUUCGCACAUUUUUGUCUAAUGUCCAACAAGCUGCGUAAACCAUAAACUAAAAGUACAGCUACACUACAUGACCAAAAUGAUGUGGACACCAGAUCGUCGAACAUCUCUUUCCAAAAUCAUGGGCAUUAAUAUGGAGUUCGCCCUCCCUUUGCUGCCAUAACAGCCUCCACUCUUCUGGGAAGGCUUUCCACCUAAUGUUGGAACAUUGCUGAGGGGACUUGCUUCCAUUCAGCCACUAGCAUUAGUGAAGUCGGGCACUGAUGUUGUGCGAUUAGGCCUGGCUCGCAGUCGGCCUUCCAAUUCAUCCCAAAGGUGUUUGAUUGGGUUGAGGUCAGAUUCGUCCGUUGGACUGCUAGAUGGUGAAGAGCGAUUCAUCACUCCAGAGAACGCGUUUCCACUGCUCCAGAGUCCAAUGGCGGCGAGCUUUACUCCACUCCAGCAGACGCUUGGCAUUGAGCAUGGUGAUCUUAGGGUUGUGUGCGGCUGCUCGGCCAUGGACACCCAUUUCAUGAAGCUCCUGACGAACAGUUCUUGUGCUUCCAGAGGCCGUUUGGAACUCGGUAGUGAGUGUUGCAAUCGAGGACAGACUAUUUUUACACGCUACGCACUUCAGCACUCGGUUGUCCCUUUCUGUGCUCUUUUGUGGCCUACCACUUCGUGGCUGAGCCGUUUCCACUUCACAAUAAUAGCACUUAUAGUUCACCAGAGCAGCUCUAGCAGGGCAGAAAUGUUAUGAACUGACUUGUUGGAAAGGUGGCAUCCUAUGACAGUGCCACAUUGAAAGUCACUGAGCUUUUCAGUAAGGCCAUUCUACUGCCAAUGUUUGUCUAUGGAGAUUGCAUGGCGGUGUGCUUGAUUUUAUACACCUGUCAGCAACUGGUGUGGCUGAAAUAUCCAAAUCCACUCAUUUGAAGGGGUGGCCACAUACCUUUUAUGUAUAUAUAAUGGAUCAUGGUUGCAAUCAAAUUAGUGUUCAAAAACCAUAUUAAUAGAUACAUGUUUUGUUUUAUGUUGCACAGGUAAUUUCCUUAGGUGAUGUCAGAGGUCACCAUGUGUGAGAUCGGCUUGAUAGACGAGUUUCACACUAGUAAUUACUAGUUGGAGGGCCAUUCCAGUGGAUUUUCCCCAGUCGUAUGUGGUAAAUUCCCACUUGGUUACGAACGCAGCAUCAUUCUGAGGCAGGGGGGUAGUACAUGGCUAUAUAAUGCACUACUUUUGACCAGGACCCAUAGGCCUCUUGGCAAAAGUAGUGCACUAUAGGGAAGUAGGUUUGCAUUUGAUGUUGAACCAGGCUCCUUCAUGUGUUGCCCCCCCACUAAAAGCUGGACAUCAGAUGCCUUCUUUUGUUAUUCUAAUGUAAUCUAAUAUUCUUAAUUCCGAAAUGGAGAUAUAUUUGUAUAUUUAAAAUAUGGAAUAAUAUAAUGAGCCACUUAUUUUUGCUAAUAAAUUCUAGAAAAGUAGAACAAUAGUGACGAUAAUAAUGAAAUAAAGACCAUAGUGAUAUAGUCACUGAUAAUAAUCCAAAUGUAAUAAUUCAAUAGACUGUUGUUUAUUUCCUGGUUGUUAAAAUUCUAGUAGUUCCCCUAAUUUCAGUUUGUGACAAAACAAAACAUUGUACCAUCUAAACUGCUGUGAAAUAUCUUUUUAAUAACCCAACGAAUUUGCUUUUUGGCUUUUUUAAGCUGGUGUACAAAACCGAAAGUAAACCCGAAACUUAAGAACGGGAAGCCUAGAAAAAGUGCACAUAGAAUAGAUCAACCGCUUUUUAGACUUGCUUUAAAUGACUGACAGAUCUAUAACUCACAUUUCUAUGUGCAUUUGGUCAGUCGCCAAUGAAGUUACAUAUUGCAGCUUUUAAAGCAAAGCGUGUCAUAUCGAAGCUACAUCUGCUGCAUUUAAAUGACCUACUGUGUGGGGGGGGGGGGGCUUGUUUUUUUGUGGCAGCUGUUGUCUUGUGACUGAUCGGAUGAACCUCCUGCUAUUUCCCAUCACCCUCCUCUCUGUUCAAUUAACUAACAAUCUCUGGAGAGUAGCCUAGCUAGCUUCCAUUCAGUAGGUUCCAUUCAUCUCACAGAGCCUGGUCUUCUAGAACCUGUAGUGAAUGUGACCUACAUUUUGAUUGAUUUCCUCCAACAUUUGACUGUGCAUCCCUCAAAGUUUUUCUUGUGGAAGGAGUUAAGUUUUAUCCUUGGACAGAAUAGUCUGUAGACUGUGCCUUUUCCUGAUGGUGCUGAAAACAAGUAAAUCAAAGAGAUCUUACUUUCAAAACGUUGAAGGCAAUAUGCCUAUGUCUACAUUGAUACGUAUAUAUUGAUACAUGACAAUUUUGUGUGGGUGCCUGGGUGUCUGUUUGUGACACUGACAUACAGUAUAAGAACACAAUAAUAUGCAGAACCAACCAGUUUUGAGGUGUCAGGACCAAAAAUGCUUAUGGGGAUGGUAAGGUAGGCAGGCACUCGCAUGGCACAACCAAAAAAGUUGCAUUUAAUAACUGGGCAUGACACUAUAGUGGAUAUUUUAGACUGCCACCCUCCUCAGGUGGAAAAUAGUUUUCUGUAAUGCAUGGGAUUUCCAACCCUGGUUCCCUUUGUUUAAACCUUUAGUAGAUAAUGUUCACUGAUGGUGUUCUACCCAAAGUGAACAGCAAUAAACAAAGUGAUCUUUAGGCUCUGAGCAACUAGCUGUUGGGGUUACACCAGGGGGUGCUUCCCAAAUGGCACCAUAUUCCUUAUAUAGUGCACUACUUUUGACCAGAGUACCUCUUCUCUUGAAUUACUAUCCUGUGAGAGCCACUUUGCAUACCAUAUGCCACAUGUUGAUGCUAAAUUCUUUCAAACACCUUUGGUUAUGUCCCAAAUAGCACCCUAUUCUCUUUUAUAGUGCACUAAUAUUGGCUCUGAUCAAAAGUAGUGCACUAUAUAGAUGGAUGGAAUAGUGCCAUUUGGGAAGUAACUCUGGUGAACCCAACCAUUUAUUCCAGGCCUAAACAAAAAUGCAUUCUAUUUGUUUAGAACCACUGCUCUUGCAUGUAUACAUUUCUUCUCUAUCUUACAGCUAGAGGUUUACAGACAGAGAACAGCAUGCAAUUUUGCCACAAGAAUGCCUGCUUGCCUAGGAAAGAAUUCCUCCGAAAAUCUCCAAACCCUGCACCUCUUCUUGUGGUUGGCUGCAUAUCGUACUUAUUAAUAAGAUGCAAAUGACAAAUUCAUUUGGUAACAAUAUGCAAAAAAAAAAUUGCAAAUACCUUUUUUUGUCUGUCUGAUGCUGUUUAGCCUUUUUAUUUGGUUGUCAUAUGUAAUUGUUUUAAUUAAAACUGUAUGAAAUCUG